UUUUUGUAUUACUAUAAAUUAAAAAUAAAUAUUUUUUUCACAAGCGUACUAAGCCAUACCUGUACUUUAUUUUUUUUGAAUUUUACCGUAUCGACAUACCCAUGUCGUACCAGUAUCAGUACUCGUACUCGUACCCGUACCCCUACUUCAUAGACAACCAACAUGUAAUGAGGCUGAAUAGACUUCUUUCUUGUUUAAAAACUAAAUCAUUCAAAAAAUUUACUAACUUUAAUUCAAAAAUUGAACCCAGUGUGCACUAGCUAGGAUGAUUAAACUACUAUACACGUUGCCACCAGAGGCCUCAACCUAAGCCAGACAUAUACAUAUAGUUAAAAGAGUAAAAAUUUAGAUUUCCUAGCAUUGUUGCAUAGUUAAAUCAUAUAUCAAGAAUAUACAUGACACAGCACUGAGUGAUGAAUGAGUGCACUCAGCAGAGCUCUCUCUCUCUCUCUCUCACAAAGUGACGAAGGAAGCACUAAGCAGAGCAUUGAGCAGCGGCCAGAAAUUGAAAAUUAUUAACCGUGACUUGGCGGCGACUCACUCACUCUCUCACACUCUUCUCACAGCUUUCAAAACCAUUAUCAAGAUCAAGAAUACUGAAUUUGCGGAUUACCUACCAUAGCAACAUACCCUCCCCACCUUCCCCGGAAAACACUCAAGGAAGGAAAAGCAAUCCAAUCAUUAGAGACAGAGAAGAAGAAGAUUGCCAUGACAAUCCACUAGAAUUGCUUCCCAAAGAGAAGGGAUGGACAGGUCUGGAUCUCUAUCUCUACCAAGGCUUUUGGUGCCCCUCAAUGCACAUUUAAGGCAUAAUGUCUUUCCAACAACACUUCAAAGCUCAAGACACCGACCUCAUACUCGCCACCAUGCCCAAAUCAGGCACCACCUGGUUGAAGGCCUUGACAUUUGCUAUCGCCAACCGUCAUCGCUACACCAACACCCUUUCCCAACACCCCCUUCUCACUUCUAACCCUCACGACCUCAUCCCUUUUCACAAGACCAAUCUCUCCGCUAAUAAAGACAGCCAUCAAGGUAGUCGUAUUCUAAACCUCUCCAAUUUUCAAUCUAGUAUUUUCUCCACCCAUAUGCCAUACCAUUCAUUACCUGACUCAAUCAAGACCUCUAAUUUUUUUGUUGUUUAUCUCUGUCGCAAUCCCUACGACUCCUUUGUCUCCGCCUGGCACUUCUUGUCUAAGCCUAGACCAGAGAGCAUUGAACCUCUAUCGUUUAAUGAUGCUUUUGACAUGUAUUGUAGGGGUGUUAUUGGUUUUGGGCCCUUUUGGGACAAUGUAUUGGGGUACUGGAAGGAGAGCCUGAAGAGGCCUCAAAAGGUGUUGUUUUUGAUGUACGAAGACUUGAAAGAAGAUAUUAUUUUUCAGAUGAAGAGGCUAGCAGAGUUUACAAGUGUUCCAUUCUCUUCAGAGGAAGAAAAUGAAGGUGUGAUAGAAGAGAUAUCAAGGUUGUGCAACUUUAACAAUAUGAGAGAGUUGGAGGUGAACAAAACUGGUAAAUCCAUUAGACACUUUGAGAAUAAGACGUUCUUCAGGAGAGGUGAAGUGGGUGAUUGGAUCAAUCAUUUUACACUUGAGAUGGUGGAAUGCUUGAACAAGGUCAUUGAAGAAAAGUUGGGUGGUUCUGGGUUAGCAUUCAAGACUAGUUUGUGAAAAUUUACUAUGUUUGUUUCGUUGGACAAGAUUACUAAAACUAAUAAGUCCGGGAAUUCCAUCUUAUGUCAUGUUUGUUAGAAAUGGUCUCUAGGAAUUGGACUGUUGUUUGUCAUGCUUAGUGCCGGUUGUGAUGUGUUGUAGUUUUGUUUCUUUGGUCUUUAGAUUUGUAUUUUCGGACUUUGUAAGAGGACUUCUUGUCCUCCCUUUGCUAGCAUCUUUGUUUCAAUAAAAUUGAUUUUUUGUUGCUCAAACAAACAAAAAAAACUAUAAUCUGAGAAUAUUUUAGUCUUUCAACCCCCUAAUCUGGACCCCCUUAAUCCUUCUAUUUUGUAUCUCAUCCCCUCCUAUAAGACUCAAUAGUCGCUUAUAGGGAGGAUAUAAAGUCCAAAAGGGACUGUCAAUCUAGAGGUCCACUUUAAUAUAUAAAUGUGAAAUUCAAGAUCAAGCAAGAUAUAUAAUCCAAUCCCGUGCAUUAAUCCCCCCCACAACCAAUAUGUAACAAGGAUGAAUGGACUUACUCUCUAGUUUCAAAAACUAACUGUUCAA